CCUUCGCUCCGUCUUCCGCCAUGGAAGCCGUCUCCUUCUCGGCUUCCCCUUACCGCCAUCUCUCCCUGUGCGCGCCAUCUCUCCACUGUAGUGGAGCCUUUUGCGGCGCGAGGGUCGCUGGAAGGCCAAACCUUUCCUCCAAUUCCUCUACUUCCUGGACCGGCUCGACCCUCUACCUCGGAUCUUCCCGCAGGACUCUAUUUACCAGGGAACUUUGGGGUUGGAUCAAUUCAAAAUCUGAACACGUUAGUAGAGGGAGAUGUUUCACGGUGAGGGCAGAGAUGUUUGGGCAGCUGACGACUGGCCUCGAGACGGCCUGGAACAAGCUUAGGGGUGUAGAUGUUUUGACCAAGGAGAACAUAGCCGAACCAAUGAGGGAUAUCAGGCGGGCUCUCCUGGAAGCGGAUGUAAGCUUGCCGGUAGUGAGAAGGUUUGUGCAGUCUGUUAGCGACCAGGCUGUUGGUGCGGGCUUGAUUCGAGGAGUGAGACCUGAUCAACAGUUGGUGAAGAUUGUGCAUGAUGAACUCGUGAAACUGAUGGGUGGAGAAGUGUCUGAACUGGUAUUUGCAAAGUCUGGUCCGACGGUGAUGUUACUAGCUGGUCUUCAAGGUGUCGGAAAGACUACUGUUUCUGCGAAGCUUGCUUUCUACUUGAAGAAAUUGGGUAAGAGCUGCAUGUUGGUUGCUGCAGAUGUUUACCGGCCUGCAGCUGUUGACCAACUUAAGAUUUUGGGAGAGAAGGUGGGUGUCCCUGUUUAUGCAGAAGGCACAAAUGUAAAACCUUCGGAAAUAGCUAAGCACGGUCUUGAAGAGGCUAGGAAGAAGUCAAUUGAUGUGGUUAUAGUGGAUACUGCUGGAAGACUUCAGAUAGAUAAAACAAUGAUGGAUGAGUUGAAGGAAGUAAAGCAGGCAUUGAAUCCUACCGAAGUUCUGCUUGUAGUGGAUGCAAUGACUGGCCAGGAAGCUGCAGCCUUGGUCACAACAUUCAAUAUUGAGAUUGGUAUUACUGGUGCAAUACUAACAAAGUUGGAUGGUGAUUCUAGAGGUGGAGCAGCUUUGAGUGUUAGAGAGGUAUCAGGAAGGCCUAUUAAGCUUGUAGGACGAGGGGAGCGUAUGGAAGAUCUUGAACCUUUCUAUCCUGAUCGCAUGGCAGGCCGCAUAUUAGGGAUGGGUGAUGUUCUUUCAUUUGUGGAGAAGGCACAAGAAGUAAUGCGACAAGAAGAUGCUGAGGAAUUACAAAAGAAGAUCAUGAGCGCAAAAUUUGACUUCAAUGACUUUUUAAAACAAACACGUGCUGUUGCACAAAUGGGUUCUGUGAGCCGUGUCAUCGGAAUGAUUCCAGGCAUGGGGAAGGUUACUCCAUCUCAAAUUCGUGAAGCAGAGAAAAAUCUGAAGAUCAUGGAGUCAAUGAUUAAUGUGAUGACCCCAGAGGAACGGGAAAAGCCAGAGUUGCUAGCUGAGUCACCCGCUAGAAGGAAGAGAAUUGCUACCGAGUCUGGAAAGACAGAGCAGCAGGUGAGUCAACUUGUUGCUCAACUAUUCCAAAUGCGUGUUCGAAUGAAGAACUUAUUGGGGGUCAUGCAAGGAGGAUCCAUCCCAGCAUUGAGCAACCUAGAGGAGUCACUGAAAGCAGAGCAAAAGGCACCUCCUGGCACUGCACGGAGGAGGAGACGAUCGGAGCCGAGGAAACAGUUUGCAGACUCGGCAUCAGCAAGACCCAGCCCUCGUGGAUUCGGAAGCAAGAACUGAGAGUUCUACCCUUCAUGUGGAACCUUGCAGCCUUUCCCAUGGCUCUUUCCGUAUCUGCAGGUUGACCUUCUAAACCUUCUGUGCUGUGGGAAGUCAAAUCUGAGAAUGUCAUCUCCAAACUUAAGUGUUAUUUUUUUCUUCUUGCGACUUCAUAAACGAUACAUAUAGCUGCUCAAUCUGUAAUGAGAUUUAUCUACCUUAAUUGUUUCUAGAAUAGUUUCUUUCUUUUA